UUGCCUUGGUACGUCUCUACUGCGAUCAUUUCUGAGAGAUGGUCAAUUGGACCAACUUUCGAGAUAUUUUAGCAUUUUGGCUACUUGGGUUAUGUAACAAUUAUGGGUAUGUCAUUAUGUUAUCAGCUGCCGAAGAUAUUCUAGAUGAUCAAAAAGGAACAAAUAGUUCGAGUACCAACAGUAGCACCUACACAUUUGGAUAGUAGGCAUUGUCAAUCAAUUUCAACGGGAGCUGUUCUCCUAGCUGAUAACCUUCCAGCACUUGUAGUUCAAACUACGUUUCCUUUUUUUAUGCAUAGAUUUCCCUUCGGAUUUCGAGCGUUUUUGGUUUUUCUAUUGCAAGCCUCUUCGUAUUUUGUUGUCGCAUAUUCAAAAAAUAUUGCAAUGUCAUUGGCAGGAGUUUGUAUGGCAUCACUUGGACAAGGAAUUGGAGAAAUCACUUUCUUGGCAAUGGCAGCACAUUAUAUUCCAGAAACAAUAGCAUCGUGGUCAUCUGGAACUGGAGGAGCUGGACUCAUUGGCUCAUUUUCUUAUGCUUUUAUCACUCAAGCUGGUCUUUCACCAUCUAAUACUCUACUCGUUCAACUUUUCAUUCCCGUUGUGUUUGCGGGUGCCUAUUUUUUCUUACUCACAAUUCCACCGACAGUUUAUUCACCGACAAUUCAUCCGAGUACGUGGAUUAUUCCGAAAAAUUACGACAAGGACGUAUUUGAGGCUGCUGAAGCCCGGGGAGAUGUUCUAAAUACCAAAAAAGUUCCACAACGGGAGCUUGGACCGCUCGAACGAAUUAAACUAAUUGGUCCACUGUUGUAUCUGAUGGUUCCACUUGCAACUGUAUACACUGCUGAAUAUAUGAUUAAUCAAGGAUUGACUGAACUUAUAAUAUUCAAUUGUUCUCAGGGACUAUCACUUCCUCUUUCCAGUCAAUAUCGCUGGUAUCAAGUACUUUAUCAACUCGGAGUAUUUAUCUCAAGAUCAUCAGUAAAAUUCUUCGAAAUGCCAUUGUGGUUGAUUUGGUGUCUUCCAAUUCUUCAAUGUGUCAAUAUGAUUUUCUUUUUCUUCGAGGCUGUUUAUUGGUUCACUCCUACGAUUAUUAUAAUUUUUGUUCUCAUUGUUUUCGAAGGUCUUUUGGGAGGAUCUGCUUAUGUGAACACUUACAAUAAAAUUCACAAAAAGGUCAAUCCUGACGUCCGAGAGUACUCUCUGUCAGCUGCUUCCAUGGGAAACUCGCUGGGAACAAAUAUUGCUGCAUUUUUAUCAAUACCACUAUAUAAUUGGGUUUGCACUAUGAAAGCUCCGGGACGAUGACGUUUUCAAACUGAUUCUGCAUUUAGUUUUAAAAUUUAAAUUGGUGCUUUUGGGUGUAUAAAAGCUUAAUUUUUACUCACUUACCAUGUUUUGUGUGAUCCAAUUCUAGAGUUAAAACUUCUACAUGACAAAAAGCCUCACUGCAAUCGUUCAACCGUAAAAAUCACGUUUUUUAUUUUUAAAAAAACACGUGGAGAAUUUUCAUAAAACACCAUAUUUCAUUCUAACUGUGAAUAAUGAGAUGAAACAAUGAAGUUGGCAGAACAA